UGAUUGCACUUGGGGUCAGCGUUUGUUGUGGUAUCGUAGUUGUGGUUAGAUUGCUGGAGGGAAGAUCUGAAAUCGCUUGAAUAAUAAACCAGUGCAUUCAUAUUCGUAUUGCUGCUUGCUUUAGUUGACUUGCAGAUCUACACUAAGCUAAAGGCUCUCCUAAAUCCUCCGAGACGAUGUCCUUCCCUUGAGGCGAGUAGCGUCAAUCGCUUGGAAGGAAUUCAGCGUGCCGACGAAGAUUUGGGGAACAUGUUUCACCCUGUUCGUGGCGGUACCCGUGGAGGUGCUGACCAGUUCAACUGGGAAGACGUUAAGGACGACAAAUACCGGGAAAAUUAUCUGGGACACUCCCUUCGAGCACCAGUGGGACGAUGGCAAAAAGGCAAAGACUUGACGUGGUAUGCCAAGGAGAAGCAACAGGCUGCAUCAACAUCGAGAGAGAGUGAGGUGGCAGCUGCCAAGAAAGCUGAAGAAGAAGCCAUGCUGGCAGCAUUGGGCUUUGCCACUCCAGCAAAACCGACACACCAGCCACUGAGCAAAGCGGAGGUGACUGAAGCACUGCGCAGGGGUGAUGGCAGCAAAGGCGAUGGAGAUGGAGACCGUGUCUCAGGCGUAGGUACCAAUGCAAGGGGUGAUUUCUGUACUCGUGGGAAACGGCCGGCCGAAGGUGUGGAGUUUAUUUCCCAUGCAGCCACCACACAAGAUUGCCGGACAGACAAAGAAGAGAGCUCCAGAAAGAAGCACAAGAAGGACAAGAAAUCCAAGAAGCACAAGAAAGAAAAACACAAGAAACAUAAGCACCGAAGCCACCGGUCCCCCAGUUGAUUCCCAGGGUGUGCAUGUAAAGGUUAUUUAACUAACCUCAUGCCACAAUACAGAAAAUGUUUUUGUACAACCUGAUUAUACUGGACAACUUGCUAUGAUUAUGUCGCGAGAACUAUCCCACAAACACAAAAAAUAAAAAAAUUAAAAAGCCCACUUAGUCCAUG